AUGAUCUCACUGCAGAAGAGGGACCGCGUGCAGGAGCUCAUAACUAGUUUGACAUCCGAGGUGAUGGACGUGAGUCUCCUCAGUACGAUGCAAGAGACUACUUUCAUUUUACCGACGGCAAGUUUCCUGGAGAACGACACGAGAUGCGGAGAGCAGAUUUUGAGUUACGGACACGUUGAGAAAGUGCUCAUCGGAGGGGCUCUUGCUUUGCUUACUUUUCUAACCAUUUGCGGAAAUUUGUUGGUAGUCAUAUCGGUGUGUUUUGUCAAGAAACUGAAGCAACCUUCAAAUUAUUUAAUCGUUUCUUUGGCCAUUGCGGACCUUUCGGUGGCGGUGGUCGUGAUGCCCUUUGUCAGCAUCACUGACCUUAUAGGUGGACAGUGGAUCUUUGGGAGGCUUUUUUGCAACGUUUUUAUCGCCAUGGACGUGAUGUGUUGCACAGCUUCGAUAAUGACACUCUGUGUUAUAAGUAUAGAUAGGUACCUGGGCAUCACUAAGCCACUGACGUAUCCCGUGAGACAGAGCGGAAAGUGCAUGGCCAAAAUAGUUCUGUCUGUAUGGCUUCUCUCCGCUUCCAUCACCCUACCCCCACUAUUCGGAUGGGCUCAGAAUGUCAACGAUGAUAAGGUGUGUUUGAUCAGCCAGGACCUGGGAUACACAAUAUACUCCACAGCCGUGGCCUUCUACAUCCCCAUCUCUGUCAUGCUUAUUAUGUACUACAGGAUAUACAGUGUGGCAAAGGUGAGUGCUGCCAAGCACACUUUCGCCAGCUUUCCUAAAAAUGACGACAAGGAUAGCGUCAACUGCGUGACAGCGGCCCUGAAGCUGCAGAGGGAAGUGGAGGAAUGCGUGAGCUUUUCUCGCCUUCUGAAAAACGAUCGUAAAAACAUCUCAAUUUUUAAAAGGGAGCAGAAGGCAGCGGCCACUCUUGGGAUCGUCGUUGGGGCUUUUGCCGUGUGCUGGCUGCCCUUCUUUGUACUCUCCACGGCACGCCCGUUCAUCUGCGGGGUGCAGUGCAGCUGCAUACCUUUGUGGGUGGAGAGGACGCUGUUGUGGUUGGGCUACGCCAACUCUCUUAUCAACCCCUUCAUCUAUGCAUUUUUCAACAGAGACCUCAGGACGACCUACCAAAACCUCAUUCGCUGCCGUUAUCGAAACAUCAACCGGAAGCUCUCCGCGGCAAGCAUGCACGAGGCUUUGAAACUGGCUGAGAGACCUGACCUUGUGAUGUAG